ACCCAUAAACUAAACCGGAGCUAAACAGUUCAUCAGCUCUCUCAGCUACAAAACAAAACAAAACAAAAAAAAAGUCUGACAAUGGAAGGAAGCCACGCCCUAUUUUGGAGCUCCCAGCCCGUUUUGGAGAUCUCCAGGCUACAGUUAUACCCUUCUCAACAAGGCGACACUCCUAUUAUUUAAACUUUGACUUAUGUAGUCUUUUAAAAUUAAAGACUUUUGUCUUUUUGUUUUUGAACUGGCAAUAUAAUUUUUCUAUUGGUCUACUUUUGGAGAUUUUUUUUAAUUUGUAUAACGUUACAGCUAUUUUUCAUAUGGACAAAUCUAUUAAUAAGGGAGUCGUGGUGCAGUACUGAGUUUCGUUUUAUCAGAAAUCAUGUGACUUAUCUGAACAAGAAGCCUGCAUCCUCUGUGGCUCACAUUUUCAUUUAGUUGCUGUGUGAUAUCUGAGCUCGUCUGAGAUUCUCUUGUCUCUUGUCUAGAGUUGUUUCAGUAUUUUGAAUCCUUUUGACUUUCAAGCUUGGAUGGAGUCCAGUCGCUGAUCAACAGUCAUAUAAUUAUGGAUCAAGGUACAGAUGAUGAUGUCAUGGACACCUCUCCAGAAUCAUAUGGAGAUUCAGAUGAUGUCAUGGAUACUUCUCCAGUGUCAUACAGAAAUCCAAAUGAUGUCAAUCUUCCAGUUACACAUCAAUAUACAGAUGACAUCAUAUACAAAACUCAUGAAACAGAUCAAGAAGCAGACGAUGUCUUGGCUCCUCCUCCAGAGACACAUCAAAACCCAGAUAACAUGAUGGACAGUCCUCCACUGACAAAUUCUGAAAAAUAUAAAGAAAACCUUAACGAAGACAAUUUUGACCCAUUUGUGACAGAUUUAACCGCCAAAACAGAAUUUCAGAUGCAACCAACUUCAGCUCCUGCCACAUCACAUGAUCAAGACCAUGGUGUAAAGACUCAUGGAAGCUCAAAUAAAGCACAUGGAGAGUACAAGGAUAAUGUGAAACCAGCAGAAGAAGGGAGUAACCUGAAACCUGAUGAUCACAGUGAUCCCGAUUUGACCAUUGCAGUGUUUGGAAGCUCUGAUGCCGUCCAGUUUGGAUGUGACAACAUUCUACUCGGAGAGAAACAACUCUGUCAUAAAAAUGCAGAAUUCUCAAUGAUCGUUCAAGAGAGGAGGAUAUCAGAACUUUGUGUCUCAGUGAUCAACAUGAUCGGCUCACAUGAGACUGAUUUCAAACCUCUCGAUCGUGUUAUUGGUCAAGUAGUGAAUGAAAAUGAAAUCCACGCCUUCAUCUUUGUUGUGCGACUGGGCCAGUUAACAGAUGCUGAUAUUGAAUGGCUACAGAGAAUAUUCUCUGAUCGAGUUCUUUCAUUUGUGAUUAUUGUCUUCACCUAUGAGAGAGUGGAAGAGUGUGAUACUAUAAUAGAUGACCUGAAGAACAACUCUGUUCUGGAGCAGCUGCUGGAGAAAUGUGGAGGAAGAUAUCACACCUGCAGCAAUAUCAUGAACAGCCAAUCAGAGAUGAGAGAACUGAUGGACAGAAUCAAGCGUCUGUUCACAGACAAUAAUCAGCAGUGCUACACCAGAGAGAUGUACACAACUUUAAGAGACCUGCAAGACAGCGAAUAUCAAAGUGGUAACACAGCUUGUGCAGAAACAGUAAGCAUCGGUGACACUAAUGCACAGACUUUGGGGAGCCUGGUCCAAACUGAUAAAGCAGAAAAAGAAAAGCUAGGUGCAGAGCAAAUCAUUGACAGGCUUCAUCUCAAAGGCAAACUGAGAACAGUAGAUUUCCUUAAGCCAAUUGUACAAUCCCAGUCCCAAGAGUCUUGUGCAGAAGAGGAGUUGGCUUCAGUUUUUCUACAGAAAUUGAUGAUGAUGGACUACAGAGCAAGAUACCUUAAGAUUAUAGAGAAUAAAGAACAUCACUCACAACAAAAGAACAAUGAUUCAUCUGAAGAUGAUGGCGAUGCCUUUGAUAGUAUUUUUAGAGAAACUGCUAAACCCUCUGAUGAAACAUAUGCAGUCCAUAUGAUGGAUGUUCAGAUGGCUGUGUUUCAUUGUGCUGAUAGCUUCCUAAAGCAGCUCAUGGUGACUAAACUCUCACAAUGUCAGUAUGCACUGCCUUUGCUUGUACCUAAUCCAUCCACACAACAGAUUGAGUUCCCACUCUGGACAUUUAGACAAAUCAACAAGAGCUGGAAGACAACUGAUGAUACAGGUCAAAUCUGUAGCAAAUUCCUGCCAGUCUACAAGGCAGAAACCCCAAUGGUGGCUUUCUUCAGGUUUGGCCAAGUGUCCUCAUCCAAGUCUCAACUAAUGAACAGCCUGAUCAACGAGAAACACAACACAUUCUUCCACAGGAACUGCCCAGGCAGCAGCAGAACCAGAGUAUUGAUGGAUGGAGUGGUGGAGAUCGCCUGGUACUGUCCAUCUGGAGGGAAAACAGACAGAUUUACUCAUUGUGUUGCGUUCUGUAACCUCCAUGGUGAUGCAGGAGCCCAUGACACGCAGCUGGAUAUCCUGACUGAAAUGGCCUCUGUAAAUGUUGCUAUUCUACCACAACUUAACAAGAAGGACAAAAGCAUGACCAAGAUCCAAACCUUCUACAAGGACUCUAAGCCACUCAUCUGCCUUCUUACUGAUAGUGAUUCAUUUCUCACAGAAAUGCGGGAAGGGAAAUACAAAAUUGGUUUGAAAGGCAGAAAUCAGUCAGUUGUAUUUGAAGAAAUCAGAAGAGCUAUAAAUAAUGGGCUCUUGUCUACUGAAUCUUGUUCCUUCUUUAAGCUUGAAGAUGUGUCCAAAGACAACGAUAUCAGAGUGGAUGAGGUCGAAGAUGAUGACUGCAGGAAAGGAAAAGAGGCAGCACAGCAGAUGAUGAGUUUACUGGAGGAUAAAGAUAUGACUGAAAUCAAAGAAUCAUUCCUGCCAUGUCAGGGAAACCUGUGGCAUCAGUGGUGCCAGAAGAAUAAAGAACUUCAUCGACCAACGUUAGGAGAACUACAUAAGGGAAGCAACAUAGAAAAGAACAAAAGUUCUAAAAAAUCAGAAAUGCUGAAAAUCCGUGAACAGCAGCAAACAUCUGACCUGAGUCAAUUUAUCAAAAUCUUCAUCCAAAAGCUGAAUUCACCAGUAGGAAACGAGGUUGCAUAUUUUCUGAAAUGGCUGGGCAUCCUGCUAGACAAUUACACUACUGAAAGUCUUUCAGCCCUUCUUCAUGAGUAUGAUGAAAAAUGGUCAACAGUCCUAAAUCUUAAAAAGAAACAAGAUAAAUCGAAGCAAAUGUCUGCACAAGUCGAACUUGAGAGAGUAUCUGCGAAACUGCAAGCUGCAACCUUUGGCUUGGAGCACAUACUGAGAGAGAUCGGUCAGAUAUAUGAAUCAUGUUCAUCCGUGAAGAAAAACAAAAAAGACCUCAAGUUUAACUUCUCCUCUCUUCCAAGUCUUGCGGCAGAGAUGAUGAUCUCUGGAUUUCCACUGGAGCUGAUGGAUGGAGAUGCUGCCCAUGUUCCUCUGAUCUGGGUUACUGCUGUUCUUGAUGCACUCAUCCAGAAACUGGGAGACAAGAGAGUCUAUGUGUUGUCAGUUUUAGGGAUUCAGAGCUCUGGGAAAUCCACCAUGCUGAACGCCAUGUUUGGGCUGCAGUUUGCCGUCAGUGCUGGCAGGUGCACCAGAGGAGCUUUCAUGCAGCUGGUCAGAGUGUCGAAGGAGAUGAAAGCACAGCUGAAGUUUGACUACAUUCUAGUUGUUGAUACUGAAGGACUUCGUGCUCUAGAACUGGUCGGACGAUCAACAAGAAAUCACGACAAUGAAAUGGCCACAUUUGUUGUUGGUCUUGGAAACAUGACAUUGAUCAACAUCUUUGGAGAAAACACAGCUGAGAUGCAGGACAUUCUUCAGAUUGUUGUUCAGGCCUUUAUGAGGAUGAAGAAGAUCAGACUGAAUCCAAGCUGCAUGUUUGUGCAUCAGAAUGUUUCAGAUGUUACAGCUGGAGAGAAAAACAUGGAGGGAAGGAGACGACUGCAGGAGAAACUGGAUGAGAUGACGAAACUCGCUGCUAAAGAGGAAGACUGUGAUAAAGAGUUUUUUAGUGACAUCAUUGCAUUUGACAUUCAGAAGGAUGUGAAGUAUUUUGCUCAGCUCUGGGAAGGCAGCCCACCAAUGGCACCACCAAACCCUGACUACAGCAGAAAUAUUCAGGAGCUGAAGGACACCAUUCUCUCAAAAGCUAAAAAAUCUAACGGUAUUACGCUGUCUCAGUUCAGAAUGCGUAUUAAUGAUCUGUGGAAUGCACUUCUGAAUGAAAACUUUGUGUUCAGCUUCAAAAAUACACUUGAGAUUGCAGUAUAUAGACAACUGGAAACUAAGUACAGCGACUGGACGUUUAGCCUCAGAAGCGCCAUGAUGACCAUUGAAGACAAAUUCUACAACAGAAUUGCUAAUGGAAACAUUAAGGUUCAGGAAAAAGACUUGUUGGCUGAAAUGAGAAAGACAAAAGAGCAGGUAGAAAAAUCAAUGAUGUCUUGCUUUGAGGAGGACAAAGACAAAGACAUUCUUUGUCAAUGGCGAGGAAGAUUUGAAAUCAGAAUCAAAGAUCUUCACGAUGACCUUGUGAAGGGAACAAAAAGAAAGCUGGAUGAAGCAAUUGAACAGAAAAAAGCCAGAGAGAAGCUGGAUCAAAGAAGGACAGAGUAUGAAAGCAAGCUUUUCAGUCGGAGCAAGGAACUAGCUUUGAGCCUGAGAAAUACAGGAACAGAUGAACAUAUGCUUAAGGAGGAGUUUGACACAAUGUGGAGUAAAUGGGUCACUGAAAUGACCGAAGGCUUACCUCCACUGACAGACAUUAACGUUUGGGAGGAUGUGACACGGAUAUUACAUGAAAACCAUGAACAGUCUCUUGUAGAUGAGUGCUUAAAACAAAAAGUCUAUGAAGUGAUAGACCGCCGGAGUGAUUAUUGUGGCUACAUAAUACUAAAGAAGCGUCUGGAGCGUUCUGAUGAAGCGGCAUCUUCAGCGGAAGCUACCGAGAUCUCUAAGAAAAACAAGAGUGGGAUAUUCAGUCAGUUCGGUCAAAAAAUUAUGUCAGGCAUAAGCUUUUUUAGAGGGACUCAAAAGCCACCAGAGAACAUGGACCUAAAUGCUGAACUUUAUUACUCAAUAAGGGAUCUGACUCAUAAAAUUAUUCAGGAAAGUAAAAUGAUAAUGAAGAAGUCACCAGUUGGAACACGAGGUUACAAUGACAGUUUUGUUCAGGAAAUAACAGAUUAUGUUAAAAAAUCAGUACAGAGACAUCAAUCCGUGAGCCAAAAAUACACAUUGAAAAAGGAGUUUACUGUAGAUCUGAGUCUCUACGUGUGUGAGAUUGCAAGACAGACUUUUACUGAACUCCACAAAGAAUUCAGAGAAACAAAUGACCUGAGACUGUAUCUUAAUAAGCAGAAAACUGAAUAUUGGAACAUAUUCAAGAAAUACUACAAAGGAGCAACAACAACAACCAUACUGAGUGAAUUCAUCUGCAGCAAACUUGAACAAUCUAUUCUACAAGCAGUUUACAACGAAACUGCUAUUGGUUUGGCAGCACAGAUGAGGUCUGACAUACAAGCAUUACGUGAGAACAGACCAAAACUGGAGAAACACAUUCUGAGAUCUCUUGCAGAAAAUGAGGACUUUGAGCAGUACAUAGAAUACAUUAUUAAUCCCAGAGAACACUUCCAACAAUUCAUAAAGAACGAAGUGGACAGAUACUUCACCAAACAAAACAAACAGAUCCAAAACAUUUUCAAAGGUAAUCUGAAACAAAAAGGGCAGAUUGUAAGUAAUGCAGUGAAAGCAGCUACAGUGGAGGCCAAGAGUCAGAAUGGAGACGGCAGCAUGUGGUUCAGAUGCUUCACCACAACCCUGAGAGAUGAGCUGCAACUCACAGGAAACUCGUGUGUGGAUCUCAGUGAAAUUGAAGACAUGGAUUUUCUUGAGAACGUUUUGAGUAAAAGUCUAGAGAAGAGGAUGGAAAAUCUACAGAAUUGUUCCAUAAAAAUGGAAAAUUGCAGAAAGGGACCAGAUGAGAUUUUGAUUGAGCACUUCUGUCAGUGUUGCUGGGUUCAGUGUCCUUUCUGUAAAGCCAUCUGCACCAACACAGUGGAAGGCCAUCCUGGAGAUCACUGCGUUCCUUUCCACCGCAAUAUUGGACUGAAUGGAUGGUUUUACAGAGGAACAACAAACCUGUCUAUUGCCAUUUGCACAACAGCAGUAGCGAGUGAUCGAUCCUUUUACCCAAAUUCCUCAGAUGAUACAGUCCCCUGGAAAGAAUACAGAAAAGGAGGUUGUAAAUAUGCUAACUGGAGCAUCACCCCUGACAACUCUGAUCUGCCGUACUGGAAGUGGUUUGUGUGCAGAUUCCAGAAAGAUCUGGAAAUGUACUACAGUAAGACAUUCCAAGGAUAUGGUGAGAUUCCAGAUGAAUGGAAAAAGUACACAAUAAAGGAAGUUCUGGAGAGUUUGGAUAAGUACUUGGGACAGUAAACAAAUGGCACGCUAUCAGUCCCUGAUUAAAGAUGAUAUUUGUGCAUCCUGAUAUUCAGAUUUUUUUUUUUUCUGACAACAUUUAUAUGCUGUUAUGUUUUGUUAUAAACACUGCUGGGCUUUUCAUUUAGAUGCACUGUAGAUGCGUUGAUCAGUACUGUCAAAUUAUAGACAGACAAAUGUGACUGUUAAAACCAGUGGGAAAUGUUUAAUAAUUUACUCAGUCAAAAUGUAUACUCAGUUUAUAAAAAAUAAAUCGAGAACAGGUGUUUAUUUUAUUUUUGUUACUUCUUAGAUUUUCUGUGACUUAUGAGAUAUUUUGAGUCAUUCUAGGAAAUUGUUAGAUGUGAUGAUGCAGUGUAAUGCUCUGGCUCUGACUGAAAUUCAAUAGACAAAUUAGACUGUGAUGUACAAUCUUCAUUGUUGUUGUUUUAUUUCAUAUUGGACUUAAUUUUACAGACAGUUGUGUUGUUAGUAUCAUCUCUGGAUGAAAACCAAAGGUCAACAGGUAUAAAAACAAAAUGAAAAAAAAAGCCAACCACAUUAUUUCGCUUACCAGAGAUGAAAAUGCACCAUGAUUUCCUAACUGUUAACUGCUUUAAUCUUUACAAAGCUCUUAUAGUACCUACAUAGUAAAAUAUUUUUAUUUGUACUCAUAGUUACCACAGACCAAUUCUACUGUACCUUUUAAUAAAUUGUGUGAUGAUGUAAAUUCUGAAUAAAGCUCAGUGAAUGAA